AUGAGGGUGCAGAGGUUUUGUCGGGAGGUUCAGGUGCCCGAGGUGCGCUCCUUUUACAGCUUCCAAAUCCUGAUGGAGACGGUGCACUCGGAGAUGUACAGCAUGCUCAUCAACACCUACAUACGGGACCUCAAGGAAAGGGACUAUCUCUUCAAUGCCAUUCAAACGUUGCCAUGCAUCAAGCGCAAGGCCGACUGGGCGCUGCAGUGGAUAAAUGACAUCCGGUCCACCUUUGCCGAGCGAAUCGUGGCCUUCGUGGCAGUGGAGGGCAUCUUCUUCUCUGGCUCCUUCGCCGCCAUUUACUGGUUGAAGAAAAGAGGCCUCAUGCCCGGCCUCGCUUACUCCAACAAGCUCAUCAGCCGGGACGAGGGACUGCACUGCAACUUUGCCUGUCUGCUCUACAGCUACCUGUUGAAGAAGCCUUCCCAGGAUCGGGUGAAGGACAUCAUCACCAAAGCCGUUAGCAUUGAACAGGAGUUUCUGAGCGAGGCCUUACCGGUGGAUCUUAUCAGAAUCAACUCUUCCCUGAUGAAGCAGUACAUCCAAUUUGUGGCAGACCGGCUGCUCUCUGACCUGGGACUGGCCAAGGUUUACAUGUCCAAGAACCCGUUUAACUUCAUGGAGUCUAUUUCGCUAGAGGGGAAAACCAAUUUUUUUGAGAAGCGAGUGGGCGAGUACCAGAAAUUUGGAGUCAUGUCCAACAUGAUAGACUGCGAGUUCACUCUGGAUGCCGACUUCUGAAGUUACGUCUUUUUUAAAUUUAUUUAUUUCAGUCACGCAUUCAGGUUCGCAAAUACCAUCCCCUGCCCCCCCCAAAAAAUGGUAAUGUCCACC